ACUUUUUUAUACUGCUCUUCUGAUAGUGGAACCACAGUGAGGCUCUUUUGUUUGGUAUUGAAAUUUAGGAGAGCUUGUGAAGUUUAUGGUUCUUGAAUUGGUGGAUCCUUCUGGAGAUGGCUAUCCAACCAAGAUUGCCGCUUAUUACCUAUUCAUCAGAAAUUGUUGAUGGAGAACCGAUCUACAUUUCAUCAAAUUGUCUUCCUGUCAAGGUUGCACACUUUGAACCUGCAGGGCUUUCUUUCCAUUUGGCUGCACUUAAGCUUCUUGGUUUAGGUGAGGAAGAAGAUGCAAAUGUUGAAGAUCAGAAUGUGCCAAGUGACAAGGGGCAAACUUACAUGCAAUACUCGGACUCAUAUAGCAGUAAGGGUAAAAAGAAAUCUGGUGCUGGAGGAAAGCAACAAGACCAUUAUGCUUUGCUUGGUUUGGGGCAUUUACGAUUUCUAGCCACCGAGGAACAAAUAAGAAAGAGCUACAGGGAGACUGCUUUAAAGUAUCAUCCUGACAAACAGGCAGCCCUCCUUCUUGCGGAGGAAACUGAAGCUGCAAGGCAAGCGAAGAAGGACGAAAUAGAAAACCAUUUCAAAGCCAUUCAAGAAGCUUAUGAGGUCCUGAUUGAUCCUGUGAAGAGAAGGAUAUAUGACUCCACUGAUGAAUUUGAUGAUGAAAUUCCUACUGAUUGUGUCCCACAGGAUUUUUUCAAGGUAUUUGGUCCAGCUUUCAUGAGGAAUGGGAGAUGGUCAGUUAACCAACCAGUGCCAUCUUUAGGUGAUGAGAAUACCGCAAUGGAAGAAGUUGAUAGUUUCUACAAUUUUUGGUACAGCUUUAAAAGCUGGAGAGAGUUUCCACACGCUGAUGAAUUUGAUCUAGAGCAAGCUGAAUCUCGUGAUCAUAAGAGAUGGAUGGAGAGGCAGAAUUCAAAACUAAGGGAGAAGGCAAGGAAGGAGGAAUAUGCACGGGUACGCACUCUUGUUGACAAUGCCUAUAAAAGGGACCCAAGAAUACUCAAAAGAAAAGAAGAAGAGAAGGCAGAGAAGCAAAGGAAGAAGGAGGCCAAGUAUCUGGCUAGGAGGUUGCAGGAAGAAGAGGCAGCUAAGAUUGCUGAAGAGGAAAAACGUCGAAAAGAAGAGGAGGAGAGGCUGGCUGCAGAAGCUGCUUUAAACCAGAAGAAAGUGAAAGAGAAAGAGAAGAAGCUCUUGCGCAAAGAACGGACUCGUUUGAGGACACUCUCAGCGCCCAUUGUUUCCAAACGUUUGCUAGACCUCACAGAGGAUGAUGUUGGGAGUCUGUGUAUGUCAUUUGAAACUGAACAACUGAGGGGUCUAUGUGAUAAGUUGGAGCAUAAAGAAGGGAUUGAACAGGCCAGAAUUCUCAAAGAUGCACUGCGAUUGAGUAGUAACUUGGAGGAAGCAAAACAAACAGAGAGGAACACACAACAGAAUGGUUCACUGGUGGUUAAUGGAAAUGGGGACAGCAUGCAGUCAUUGAACAACUAUGAGAAAAAAGAAAAACCUUGGGGCAGAGAAGAGAUUGAGCUAUUGAGGAAAGGGAUGCAGAAAUAUCCCAAAGGUACAUCCCGGAGGUGGGAGGUUAUUUCUGAGUACAUUGGCACAGGGAGGUCAGUAGAAGAGAUUCUAAAGGCAACAAAGACGGUUCUUUUACAGAAACCUGACUCUGCUAAAGCAUUUGAUUCGUUCCUAGAGAAGAGAAAGCCUGCACAAGCCAUUGCAUCUCCACUUACAACAAGACAGGAAUCAGAGGGGUUAACAACUGCUGCAGACAUUCCUGGAAGCAAUGCUUCUAAGGUAGUUAGUGCAAAUCAGUCUUCAAGCAGUUCUUCAGGCUACCGGAAUACUGAAGGAGUGGUAACUGUAAAUGGGGUAUCUUCGAGUGCAGAGCAAGAUGUGUGGUCUGCUGUUCAAGAAAGAGCACUUAUUCAGGCUUUAAAAACCUUCCCAAAGGAUACUGCCCAGCGUUGGGAGCGAGUUGCUGCUGCAGUUCCUGGGAAAACUGUGAACCAGUGCAAGAAGAAGUUUGCAUUGCUGAAGGAGAACUUCAGAAGCAAGAAAAAUGCAGAUUAGUUGGUUGGUUUAUAUCUGUUAAAGUGCAGUGAAGCUGAUGCCAGCUUUAACGGAACUUCAUUAGUAAUAUCUAGACAAAUGCUUUUACUUUUGAAGAGGAAAUUGCCUCAGGGGCCAAGGAACUUUUUUCCCCAAAACGGAUUUGUUAUCAUAAAUAUGGGUUGAAAAUAUGCAUUUAAUAUUCUUGAAAGAGGGAGCUUUUGAGAUGGAUAGAUUGCUAAGAGAUUGUCCACACAAUCCAAUGUCAAAGGAGAGAAAAGGAUAGUACUUGAGUUACAUUGAUGACUUUAAAAGCUGACCAGUUAGGUAGAAGAGUGCACCACCACUUGACUCCUUUCUAGACCAACAUCUGCAUGUAUUGGCAGCUAUUUUCUGGAUCAUUUUGUAUCUCUUAAAAAUUCGUGAUGCUUUUCUGAUAUGAAUUUGGAUAUGUUUAUUCUAUUACAGUGAACUUUUCUUUAUCAUUAUUUAUUGUGGAGACAUUACCCAUGUCAAUGAAUUGGUCAUUCUUUUAGUA